AUGGCUGCGACUGAGCGCCAAGACGAAGGUGUCGCCAAGAACGCGAACACCUUCCAGAGCGACGUAGAAGAUGAGUCUACAAAAGAUGCCCGGGUCUUGGUGCUUCACCGGACAUUCAAUACGUUUCACAACUUUGCGACAACUUUCGCUGCUCUCUACUUCAUUGGUGGAGUCCGAGUGACAUUCUCUACUGGUAUUGCUGCCGGAGGCAAUCUGGCCUACUGGACGAGUUUCAUUGUGACUUGCGUCUUUACUUUUAUCACCGCGGCAGUCAUUGCUGAGAUCUGCUCCUCUCUGCCCCUAGCGGGUUCUAUCUACCUUUGGGCUGCUGAGGCUGGCGGACCCCGGUUUGGCAGAUUCUUCGGCUUCAUCGUUGCAUGGUGGAGUACCACGGCAUGGACGACUUUCUGUGCGAGCAACACGCAAGCCGCUGUUAACUACAUGCUUUCGGAAAUAGUUGUCUUCAACCUCGACUUUCCUUCUGAUUCCUCGAGCGUCGAAUUCCGGGCUGUUCAAUGGAUUACCACAGAAGUCAUGCUGGCCUUGGCUGCCAUCUGGAAUCUUUUGCCCCCCCGCUACUUCAAAUGGAUCUUCUACCUGUCAACCGGGUUCGUCUUGCUGGACUUUGUUCUCAACAUGGUCUGGCUCCCAGUCGCAACAAGCAAGAGCGAGUAUGGCUUCCGAUCCGCUCAUGAUGCUUUCAUGACGACUUACAACGGAACCGGCGCUCCGGCGGGUUGGAAUUGGUGCCUCUCGUAUCUUGCUACUGCCGGCAUCCUCAUCGGAUUCGACGCUUCCGGUCACGUUGCUGAGGAGACCAAGAAUGCAAGUGUCGCUGCCGCCCGCGGUAUCUUUUGGAGUACCGUGGUCAGCGGGAUCGGUGGCUUCAUUGUCGUGAUAUUGUUUCUCUUCUGCGUUCCAUCCUCGGAGAGGGAGGGCAUAUUUUCAUGA